AUGGGUGCAGAACAAAGUGUUGUUGGCCAUCAGAAGUCGUCUAGUAUUCAACAAAAUCUUCACACAACUGUUUUAUCACCGACGUCUUCUUCUCAUUCUAAAUCCACAAAACAGACAGGUCAUUCUUCAUCAGUCCCAUCUUCACCGCAUUACGACUGGCGUCGUCAAUCAUUAACAGGAUCAGUUGUCAAUAAUACAUUAUUGCAAAGCACCAAUAGUAACAGUCAAUUAAUUCCAUCUAAUCGUCAACAGUGUCAUCAGAAACAACAACAACAACAAAGAACUUCAUUAUCCAGUCUAUCCAGAGAUGUACUACUAUCACAAUCAUCUGUCUUAUUCCCAUCAACAGCGUCAAUAGUUGAACCACGUUUGAAUCAAUCGCAUAGGUCACUUUCAACGAAAUCAUUGAAUUAUUCACUGGAUAAGUCUACAGGGACAUCAACUUCGCAUAAACAUUCCACUGGUAUCCUAGUUGUUAAUCGUGGCCGAUAUGCAUCAAGUCAAUAUGAAUUAAGCACUUGUGGAGAUGUUAACAGUGGUAAUAAUAAUAGUAGUAGUAGUGCAAAUAAUUAUACAGAUAUUGGUAUAAGCCAGUUGAAAAAACUUCAACGGAUAUCUACAUUUGAACCGCUUAUAUCCGUUAACAAUAGUGGUGGCGGAGUUGGCGUUAAAACAUCUUCAUCAUCUCACUCAACAGCAACAACAAAUCAACAGACUAGUGGUAGUAGUAGUAGUGUAAACUCUCACGCGUCAACAGGAUUUAGAAAGAAACAAUUUAUUCCAAACAUUCCAGAAUUUGAAUGUGAUGAGUUGAUUCAACUUUCAUUAACUUAUGAAGAAUAUUUGCAUAAAUACGCAACAGACGUAUCACAAAAACAAUCCGAUAUAAUAAUUAUUCAAAAUAAAAUCGAUCGAGAUGUCUGUCAAUUGUCAGAAACACUUGAAGCUCGUGAAAAAGGCAUCAUCAGUGCUGCUGUGGUGAAAACUAAUCCAACUGCAUCAGAGUCAAAUUCUAGUCGUAAACAGAAGUUGGCUGGUUCACAACAAAUUGAAACAAUUGUCUUGUUAACUAGUCAAAUUUCUGGUUUAAUGUCUCAAUGUGAUGAAUUAUGCAAGCAUUUGAUGAGUGCAAUCAAUAAUCUUAACGAAACAUUAUCAAAUUAUGAAUCUAAUUGA